AUGCCAAAGAAGCAAUUGGAAGGGCUAGGACUGCAUUCGAAAACAACGCCGAUCCUGCCAAUUACUCACGAUGAUAUUCUGGGAUCCGGUGGACCUCAGCAAGAUGAUCUGGUCAGUGUAGCCAACUCUUUGCAAUCUUCAUCAACAACACUAUCAUCAUUCGCCAAAAGACAACAGCAUAAACUGAAAAUCAAGAAUCUGAAGAAGAACAUGGACACAAGCUUCACUGUUCCGCGAUACUUCAAGCGGAUACUCAACGUUCGCUCACUUGAUUUCGAGACCGCCCUUUGGGAAAUGCUGAAUCUCAUAGUUCAGCCUAAGCGUGUCUACAAAAGUCUAUACUACCAAAAGCAAACCAAAAACAAGUGGUCAAGGGAUGAUCCAAGUUUCGUGCUGAUUUUGAGUUUCUUUCUCACUAUAAGUGCGAUCUUCUGGGGCAUGGUGUAUUCAACAAGCGUGAUAACGAUUUUCAAAUUGAUCCUAUACAUGGUGAUUGUCGAUUUCGUGCUCGUUGGAAUCGUCGUUGCCACCGCGGGCUGGGUGAUUGCAAACAACUACUUCCUGCAGGACACAAGCAUGAGCUCGCAAAACUCCAAUAGACUGCUCAAGUUCUUUCUUCCUACAGAUUCCACGCUGGAAUGGGCAUACUGCUUUGAUAUUCAUUGCAAUGCAUACCUGAUCAUUUGGGUGUGUCUUUAUUUCAUCCAGUUUUUCCUCUUGCCGCUGCUCAGACUCAACAAUUGGAUCUCCACGGUGCUCGGUAACACUCUUUACUUGGCUUCCGCAACAUACUACUGUAUUAUUACAUUCUACGGAUAUAACGCACUUCCAUUUUUACAAAAAACCGAGUAUCUACUCGCACCAAUCCCCGUGUUUGUUCUAGUCUGGAUAGUGUUGACACUGGCGGGCUUCAAUAUCGCAAACUUCAUGUCUAAUGCAUACUUCAACUAG